GUGGCUAGUUCAGGUCACCACGUUGAGGUGUGGUUAAUCAGGUUUAUCCUGUGUGUGAAUCUCUGUGGAGUGGACAUAUCAUUGUUUGGUAAAGCCUACGGACAGGACUCACAAUGUCAGGUGUCGAAGAAGUGAUAACAGCGAAGGAGGCUCAUUCCGAUGAAAUUAGUUGGCCCUGGGGUAAGAAAAAGGGUGACUCCAAGGACAAAAAGGGUUCAAGUGACAAAAAGGACUCGUCUCACAAAAAGGACUCGUCUCACAAAAAGGACUCCAAGGACAAAAAGGGUUCAUGCGACAAAAAGGACUCGUCUCACAAAAAGGACUCCAAGGACAAAAAAGAUGGGUCAAAGCAUGGAGACGGCAAGAAGAAAAAGGAACACAAGGAGGGGGAGAAAUCAGGCAACUCCUCCUCAUCUUCUUCAUCAUCUUCAUCAUCAUCCUCCAGCAGUGAUGAGGAGUGAUGCAUCCUGGGACCGGACAGUUCAUUAUGAAUGGGCAGUAGUACCAACUUUUCCUUCUGUACUUUCUUUGGUUUCACAUAAACAUGCUGGUCUUGUGUAAAUGUUCUGACAACAAAAAGCCUGCAGGAGUCUUUUUUCCCCCAUUUGGUUCUCCUGUCAAGUAAAGUGUGUUUCUUUACCACCGGAUGGCAGUGUUCUCUAUAUUUAGGGUCUCUCACAGUUUGACGUCCACACGUAGAAGAAUGCAAAUAUAGAAUAUGUUGGUGUUUGUCAUUGUAAUUGUUAAAAUUACAAAACAGAAAUAGAUUCUCCUAAGACGAAAGCAUAAUAAACAAUUUAAUGUGGAAAUGUGUAUGGAUCAUCCUGUAGUACUGAUGCAUUCAUUAUUGGCAGCCUUUUUAUAGUAAGGCCUUAAUUAGUCUUUUACUAUGAAUAAUCUAAAAAAAAAAAAAACAUUUCAUGAGAUUAAAGUUUAUAUGUAAAAUAAUAACCUGAAAAGCAACAGUUUAAAAUGAAUGAAGUAGUAAAAACUAACACUAUUUUACAUAGAAUUAUAACACAAGAAGUACACAGCAUUUUAAAAAGGAAAUAUUUGACUGUACUCAAGUUCAGCACAUACAACUGUAGGCACACUGUUGAUUCAGAUUGUACUGUAUUGCAACAAUACACAAUAUUUCUGGAAAGUGAAUGAUGGAUAGAACUACUAAAAAAAAAGACAUUGUACAUCACUAAAUAAAGGAUUACCUGUUUACCUUG